CUACACACUGUCAUAUGUAAUUACACACUGUUAUACGUGGCUACACACUGUUAUAUGUGGCUACACACUGUUAUAUGUGGCUACAUACUGUUAUACGUGGCUACAUACUGUUAUACGUGGCUACACAUUCUUAGAUACGUUAUGGACCUGACUGUAUGUUGUUAUGUAUGGUGUUGUGUUAUUAAAUAG